AGACCGUGAGUAACUUUUAUCUCAAUCCACUGAACUUGGAGUACCUCUAUUUCAGUGUAUGUAGGCACCUACAUUUUUACUUUCCUUGAAGAUUCUUACUUUUCUUUGAAUCAUUUGUUGAGAUGAGCAGAGGGAUGUUCAAAUUUAGAUCUUGCCUCGGACCUGUUGCUUUUUUGCUUUAUUUCAUCGCUGGACUUUUCAGUAUUAGAACUAUGACUGAGGCAUCCACAGAUCAAAUUAGUCCAAAAACUUUUAAAGUAUUUGUUUAUGGCACUUUGAAGAGGAAUCUUCCAAAUCACGAAUUGUUGCUGGACAAAGUUCGUGGCAAGGCGACUUUCAUUGGAGAAGGGCACACAGUAGACAAAUUCCCCUUAGUUGUAGCUUCGAAGUAUCAUAUUCCAUGUUUAUUAUUUUGCCGCAAUGUUGGAAAUCAAGUCAAAGGAGAAUUGUACGAAGUCGAUGAGGACAUGCUCCUUAAUCUGGACAAGCUAGAGGAACAUCCACAUUUCUAUGAGAGGGUAGUUGAGCCAGUCCAAAUAUACAAUGACAAAAACUCAACUGAAUCCAAAACUGUUGAUGCCUGGAUCUACUUCAUAAAAAAAAUGAAUGCCCAGUUACUUGAAGAGCCCUACCUAACUGAUUACCAGAAUGCAGACCCAGAUAAAAAAUACACGGCCAGUUCGGAUGAGUCAACUUUGGACGAUUUACUUCAGCCCUCUUGCUGAAAUUCCGAAUAACACAGCUGGGGAAUGAAGAAAAAUGGAAAAUCAGCUUCGGCCUACAAAGUUAGUUGUCUUUUGUUCAUUCUAAAAUUCAACCUACAUCUACCAAAGAGCUUUCAUACUUUUAGAAAAAUGAAUAUCGAUCAAAUAAAAAAUUACCAAUUGAGAGCAGUUGAAUGUGUUCGAAAAUCGAAUGCAAUUAAGUAUGGAACUUAGCAUAUCUUAUCUUUGGCAUUCAUGUAACCUGUCUGAGAGCUCUCAACUUUUUGUUGUGGUAUCGUGACUAAAUGUACUUGAAAAUUUAAAUAUGGUGAAAGUAUGCAUAAUUGGGUACCCUUCACCUGUUUUAGAUAAUUUUUUUCUUCAGCGCUUAAACUAUUGAAUUUAUGUAUGUAAAAUGAAAAUAUUUGUAAUAUGUGAUAGUCCAUGGCAAAAUGGAGUUGAUUACCUGGUUCAUGAGGCAAAAUUCCUGGUAGGUAGAGAUAUUUUUGUCGCCUCGGGUCCUAAAAUCAGAUUUUGAGAUUUCGACAGAGAUCUCUCCCCACCCCAGUGUUCUGAGAACUACAUGGUAAGUGGAUUGGUUCAUUUUUGUACCGGCAGAAGGCAUUAUAGUGCAUUUUAAUCGAGCACAUUCAGGCUCUAAACGUGGUGCAGAUUAGAAUGACAAGUAACUUUUUCUUAAAAACAUCUACAUUUUUUGAACUGGAAACUUCAAACCCUUCUAUAUCCUGUUAAUAUUUUUAGGCUUUCUUUGUGUUCAUAAAGCU